UUUCCAUCAAAUAACAAACGCCCUCCUAGACAACCUCCCUCCUCCCUCCUCCCUCCUCUCCCCUCCCUUCAUUCCAUCCAACACACUUAUCUUACUGCCUCAACGGGUCGAGCUGCGUAAGAGAGAGCUGCGUGGCAAAGUUGUCGCAUACUCCUCACAGCUGAUGGUGGUGGAGGCUACGUACCCUACCUGUGGGACGAAAGCAGCAAAGCUCCGUCACCGUUGACAUGGAAAUUUUUUCCCCGUGAUUUUUAAUUCGUGCAUGGUCCUUUUUUUUCCCCCUUGCCUACGAGAGGUCCGUCUAGUCCAAUGCCGGGAUCCCACUGCGGUACUAGGGUACAUAUACCUAUGUACCCUAGUACAUCUCUCGGCCCGCUCAUAGACCAUGGUAAUCUGUGAUUGGUUGUGAGCUUAUCAGCGCCCACCUAAUGGAAUUCCUCAAUCCUGCUCUAUCUUCUAUAUCUUUAUCUCUCUAUCUCUAUCUCUAUCGAUCAAUCCACCUAAUCUAUCUCUUCCUAUCGAUACAUCAUCUCCGUGGAUGUCCUCUACCCAGUCAAAUCCCCCAUUCACCUUCUGAACGUCUCCUACAUUACCUAGGAGCGAGAUGAUGGCAUCGCAUCCUACCACCGCUUCUGCGGCUGCUAACCACGAGAUCCAAUCCACACAGCCGACCUGUCAGAAUUGCGGUACUUCGACCACUCCGCUAUGGCGCCGCGACGAGAUGGGCUCGGUUCUAUGCAAUGCCUGUGGCUUGUUCCUGAAGUUGCACGGCCGCGCGCGCCCGAUAUCGUUGAAGACCGACGUUAUCAAGAGCCGAAACCGCGUCAAGACAAUGCGACCGGACAUGCAGGUGAAGAAGAAGCAGAGCCUCCCUGCAGCCGCCAGCACCAACGGUAAUGGCUUUCAAGUCCACGACAGUGCGACCGCUGCUGCACUCGCUGUCGUCCGCGCAACCCAACAAAAAGCAACCAACGGAAAUGGCCACGGUACAGACUCGCCCGUGUCGCGCACUGCGACCCCAACUCUAUAUGACCCCCAUCUGACUGCGUUCCAAGUUAUGGAUCAUUUCCAAUCUGAUCUCCCCCAGUACCCUCUCCCCGGUGGUUCUCCCGGCCACGAGGCGUCCCCAAUGAACGGUGACCAGCCGCCCAUGGAGGUCCCCCAGACCCAUGAGCAGCUUUUGGCCGCCAACUCGAGCCUGAAGACGCGCGUUAGCGAGCUGGAGCUGGUCAUCGAGCUGUAUCGAGGCCGAUUGCAACAAUUGGAACAGGACAACCAGACUGCCGACAACUACCGUCAUUCGGCCGAGGUGUCUGCGAAGGAGGCUGCUACGGAGCGCAUGCAACGCGAAGACAUUCAGCGGCAGCUGGAGGAUAGCCAUCGGCGGGAGAACAACCUGAAGAGACGAUUGGAUGAGAUGGAGCAGGAGAAUCAGGAGCUGAAGGGCAAGUUAGAAGACUCGGAAUCCGAACGGGCAGCGAAGAAGCCGAAGCUCGACGAAACAAAAGCCGAAGAGACGGAGGUUCCAAUGCCGCAGUCCGCCUCUUAGGCAACUAACGGCGCGUCCGUUUUGUUUCAUUUUUCGUGUCAUACCUUGCCGAUACCUUCCUGCAAUCCAUUCCUAUUCUACCUGUAUCAGUACUUUAGUAGUAUUGUUUCCCUUGGGAUUUCCUUGGUGCAGAAGUCGAGAGGUAGGAAAGGUACGGUGGUACUUGGAGGGCUUGGGUCGACUUGUGGCUUCUCUAAUCAUAGGUGGAUGUGGGACGGUAUAUCAAGCCGCGACGGCUCGUCGGGUCCAUACGUGUUCUUACGUAGUGGAUUGGGGGUUAUCUUUCAUGACGAUGAGGAGGGGUGAAUGGCUUGGUCUUCGAUGGCUAUCAGACUCGAGGUAGCCCGCGAGGAGGAAAUAGGGAGUACGAAUGGAGUUCUACAGGAGUUACCAAAGCUCGCCGGGCAUUACGUGCUGCCGGCUAAUGGUCAAUAAAAGUUGAUUGCGUUUCCCGACGAUGAUUUCAUA